AUGAACAACCGGCACCUACUAGUCCCAGCAUUCUUGGCUUCAAAAGGAUUAGUUAAACUCCACAUAGACUCUUUCAACCAUUUCAUUCAGACUGAAAUAAAGAACAUUGUCCGCGCCAAUAAUCGUGUCAGUGUGCCAGAAGCCAACUGGUGGUUAGAGUACAAUGACAUUUAUAUCAAGCCUCCAACUGUAAAUGAUGGUGGGGUGGUCGCCAGCCGAGUUACUCCUCAUGACUGCAGACUCCGUGAUCUUACAUAUGCAGGCGAAAUACUCGUUGAUGUAACGUUUGUUAGACAGAACGAAGUAGUAUCAAAGAAAGGUGUUCUUAUCGGUCGUAUGCCAAUCAUGUUGAAAAGUUCAGUCUGCGUUCUCAGUGGUAAAAGCCCAUCAGAACUCAUGAAGAUGAAAGAAUGUCCAUUAGACCCUGGUGGUUACUUUAUUAUCGGUGGCACUGAAAAAGUAGUCCUUAUGCAGGAACAAACAUCAAAAAAUCGUCUUAUCAUAGAAGAAGACAGUAAACGUGGCUUAGUUUGUUCUGUCACAUCAUCCUCAGCUCAAACAAAAUCAAAAACAAAUAUCCUUACAAAAGAUGACAAGUUUUAUCUCUCUCAUAAUUCCUUCGUCGUCGAUGUUCCCAUCGCUAUAUUGUUUAAAGCGAUGAAUAUUACUUCAGAUCAGGAACUAUUACAACUUAUUGGUACAGAAGAAUCUGUUUGGGCUAACUUUGUUCCUAGUUUAAAAUUGUGCCUAGAGUAUAAUAUUCACACGUGCCUUGAUGCCUGUAACUGGUUGCAUUCUCGUUUACGACAGCCUAGGUAUCGUUCUUCUUUCGGCGCUGGUAGAACUCCGCGAGCGACUGGAAUGGUCACAGAAAGUGAUGUUGUUUUGGAGAUACAGCGCUUUUUACGGGAUAUAAUUAUCACCCAUGUUGAAAUGGAAAAGCUUAAUUUUGCUCCACGGGCUUUUUUUCUAGGUCAAAUGGUGCGUUACUUGAUACUAGCCAACGAAAAACGUAUUCCUCCAGAUGACCGGGACUUUUAUGGAAACAAACGUAUUGAGUUGGCGGGUAGUUUACUUGCACUUUUAUUUGAGGAUGUUUUCAAGACCUUCAAUGAGGAUCUUUGGUUAACAGUUUCGAAGAUAGACACAAAACGGCGAUGUACGCCGUUUGACAUAUCCCGACACAUCAAAACAUGGAUGAUAACAGAACAGCUGAACAGAGCUAUUUCUUCUGGGAAUUGGAUCAUAAAGCGAUUCCGAAUGAUGCGGCACGGUGUCACCCAGGUCGUUAGUCGCUUGUCUUAUGUUGCCGCUUUGGGACAUAUGACUCGAAUGACAAGUCAGUUUGAAAAAACCCGUAAGGUUUCUGGUCCUCGGUCCAUUCAUGCAAGUCAGUGGGGUCUCAUCUGUCCAUCAGACACACCUGAAGGGGAAGCUUGUGGUCUUGUUAAAAAUGUAGCACUCAUGUGCCAUGUGACCGUGGAAGUAGACGAUGCAAAUCUGAUCGGGCUGAUUAGCAACUACUACACAUUUCCUCUAUAUCAGAUGAAGUAUUCCAAAAACGAGUAUGUGAUAUAUGUCAAUGGGAAACCAAUUGGAUUUACGCAACAUCCUGGAAAGUUGUGUGUUUUAAUUAGAGGACUUCGACGUUCUGGACGAAUCCAUGGCUUCGUUUCCGUCUAUAUUAAACAAGCCUAUCAGUGUGUUCAUGUUGUUAGUGAUGGUGGCAGGUUUUGCAGACCUUACAUAAUUUUGUGCAACGGAAAACCAUUAGUAACUGAAUCUGUCCUCGAAGAUCUGCGCCUUAAUGUUCUAAACUGGGAUGACUUGUUGAGAAGGGGUUUAGUUGAAUAUCUUGAUGUGAAUGAACUCAACGACUGUUUGGUCGCUAUGAAUGAAUCCUGUUUAUUAGAUGGCAAUCAUUACACUCAUAUGGAAAUUGACCCAGCUACUAUUCUUGGCGUCGUUGCUGGUCUGAUUCCGUAUCCCGAUCACAAUCAAUCUCCUCGAAACACCUAUCAGUGCGCUAUGGGAAAACAAGCUAUUGGCACCGUUGCACUUAAUCAACAGAUCCGUUUCGACACAUUACAGUGUCAGAUGGUUUACCCCCAAAAACCGUUAGUUCAGUCGAAAACUAUUCAGAUGAUGCAUUUUGAUGAGCUUCCCGCUGGGCAAAAUGCUAUUGUGGCAAUAAUGUCUUAUUCUGGAUAUGAUGUAGAAGACGCGCUAAUCAUAAACCAAGCAUCUAUUGAUCGUGGUUUCGCUCGCGCUUGUGUCUAUCGUCGUUCUGGUGUUCAUCUGAAGAUGCAUGAAAAUGCAGUUUACGAUCGUUUAAUGGGUCCUAGCAUAGAACGUGAUACUGGAGUGUUACGUCGUGGAGAUGAAGUCCUUCAGGCAGAUGGAGUUGCAUUUGUUGGUGCCUGUGUCUAUGACCGUCAAAUCCUAAUAAAUAAAGAAAUGCCGGUGAUUAGUCCAAGUUCCACAGUAGAUAAUUCUGGAUCACUUAGUUUAAACAUGAAUACUCCUGCAAACUCGACUGAAUUCAGACGUUGUCCUGUCGACUACAAAGGAAUUGAACCAUCUUAUGUUGAGAAAGUUUUAUUCUCUACAUCAGAAGGCAACCAAGCUGUAGUCAAAGUAUUAUUGCGUCAGACUAGAAGACCUGAAGUUGGAGAUAAGUUCUCCAGUCGACAUGGACAGAAAGGAGUUGUAGGACUUAUUGUACGUCAAGAAGACCUACCUUUCUCAAUGAAUGGUCUUACGCCCGAUAUUAUAAUGAAUCCACAUGGAUUUCCUAGUAGAAUGACAGUAGGAAAACUGUUAGAAGUUCUGGGGAGCAAAGCUGGAGCGAUCGAAGGAAAAGUUCGAGAUGGUUCAGCGUUCUCAGGUGACCCCGCAGAAAUUCUGUCUGAUGUCUUGGUUAGCCAUGGAUACCAUUACCUUGGCAAAGAGAUUUUGUAUUCUGGAGUUACUGGGGCACCACUUGAAGCAUUUAUUUACUUUGGUCCCGUUUAUUAUCAACGAUUAAAGCAUAUGGUUAUGGAUAAAGUACACGCACGUUCUCGGGGUCCUGUUACGGCGUUGACUCGGCAGCCUACAGAGGGUCGUAGUCGUGAAGGUGGCUUACGUGUUGGAGAAAUGGAGAGAGAUUGCUUCAUCGCUUAUGGAACAUCACAACUGCUGUUAGAACGUCUUCUCCUCUCUAGUGAUGCAUAUGAUGCUUGUGUCUGCGAAAAAUGUGGACUGUUAGCAACAUCACCUAACUGGUGUCAGUACUGCAGAAGUAGUCGUCAAGUCGUUUCUGUGCGUAUGCCGUACGCCUGUAAACUACUUUUUCAGGAACUUAUGUGCAUGCGGAUUUUACCUCGUAUUCGUUUAAGAACUGCCUAUCAAAGCGGUGUACAGAUUGUGAAUAAAUAA